AUGAUCGACAGUAUCGUGAACGCUAUCGCCGGGCUAAAUAACUCUCGAUCGGUGAAUAAUUUUGGACCCGUGGGGCUUACUCUGCGGACAGAGAAUGAAUAUAUUGACCGGCUUCACCAAUUCCUACUUCCGAAGUGGUUUACAAACUUCAAUUGGAGGACAAACCAAGCGCUUUAUUACUCACCGGAGUUGCUCUCAAAGUCAAACGCUCGUAGUAUUUGCUUCCCUGCCAAUGGGGGUCGUGUUAAAGUGCCGCGCCUUUGCCACGAGCUGUGGACCAACCUGGAUCGAUCGUGUGCUCCGGCUGACACCACCUCGAGAGCUGCCGGACUGCUGUAUGUGCACACGAUGGAACGUCUUCGAGGUAUUCAGGCUCGGUUUCCCAACGCAACAGUGGAUCUUACAUUUCUAGAGAGCCAAGAGGACUUGCAGGUCAGUCUAGGGGGGCUAACCUCGACUGUAUUCCGCCGAUCUGACGUUAGUACAACUAUUCGAGCGCGAGAUUGUAUCGAUUCAUCUAACGCCAAGACUUGCGAGACUGUAUUCGUCGAGGACUAUCGCUACGAAACAGGGAUGCUAGUAUCGGACGUCAUUCAAUGG